AGCGCGCCGUCACACGCAGCCGCUUGAGGACAACACUCGCUCCUUCUACUCAGCCUUGUUUGGACAAAAACUUAUUAUUGUGGGUUUUUUUUUGUCCCCCCUAUCCAGCUGGGAAUACACGCUCGCUUCUCCAAACUCUUCUCUCGCCAAGAUGCUGCUGCUUCUCCUGGGCAUCGUCCUCCUGCACGUCGCCGCUCUGGUGCUCCUCUUCGUCUCCACCAUCGUCAGCGUGUGGACCUCGAGUGACGUCGGAACCUCGGACCUGUGGACCAACUGCUCCAUCAUCAAUGGAGGCUACCGCUGCGACGGCGCCUCAACCGGAGAGUGGAUCCAGGCAGUCCAGGCCCUCAUGAUCCUGUCCAUCAUCUUCAGCUGCCUGGCGCUUUUUCUUUUCUUCUGUCAGCUCUUCACUCUGCAGAAGGGUGGACGCUUCUUCAUCACCGGAACCUUCCAGAUUCUUGCCAGUUUGUUUGUGAUGAGCGGUGCCAUUAUCUACACGGUGAUGAGUCCGGAGUGGGUGCUUGAGACGGAUGCCUUCGGCUAUUCCUACAUCCUGGCGUGGGUGGCCUUCCCAUUGGCGCUGAUCAGCGGCCUCAUCUACGUCAUCUUGAGGAAGCGAGAAUGAGCGUUGCCAUCGCCACAACCGCGCUGACGUCAUCUCCCCCCCAGCUACGCCGCCACUCGCCGACGCCCCCGAGCAAACCGACCGCGUCUCUGUUUCAAGAUGUAUAUAGUAUCUAUGGUUUAAAACCUAUUUAUAAUGUAACACUUUUACAUACGUGUACAUAGUUUUUGUGUUGCUCUGUCACGUGAGCUUGGUUAGCUUAAGUGCCUCCGCGUUUGUUUGUUUGUUUGUUUGUUUGUUUUUGCCAGGUGAUUAACAGAUGAGUACAUUAACCAAAGUGCAUGUUUAAAACAAACUAGAAGGAUUAGCAAAUUGUUUUGUGCGCGUGUGUGUUUAGUUUGAAAUUAGGAGUGGUAAGCAAGCCAGGAUAAAACAAGCGAUAGAUCUGGUCCUUUUUUUUUUUCUACGUGUGAGGUUUUUAUAAUUCUUUUCGACAAAAACAAAAUAUGGUGCUAUUAUUCUAUUAUAAAUAUUUAUCAUUCCUCUCCCAUCAUGCCACUCGUGGGUCGGUUGGUGGAUGUCAGAUUUCAAUCCAUUCAGUCAUUUGGACUCUCUCUAUUAACUAGAAUAGUACAAUAACAAGAUAUACUCUGUGGCUUGCGCUUUGCAGCUUUGUUCAUUAUUUGCUUGUUUUGUUUUUGUUCAUUUUCCAUAGCGGCUAUACCACUUUGUAUUUAUGACUGUUAACCACAUAUGCAAAUUAGAUACAAACGAGGCCGAGACGACAAGGACGCGGCCGCACGCAUACUUGAACUCCACCGCACAACAUCUUUGUGUUGUAAAGUUGUGCGUAACAAACAUGCACACGCCUUAACGCCAUUGAAAAUACAAACUCAUGAUUAGCGAGCAAGCGCUGAUAUAUUCCGCCGAGAAAAGGGACUGAAGUCGCACUAAUUACUUGAUGCAUGUGGGAUUAAGCAGAUGUCGCACAUACACGAAACAGAUGAGCACACACACACACAAACACACACACACGCGAACACACAAAACACUACCAGGGCUGCAAACGUGAAAAUAAAAGCUAAUUUUGAACCA